AUGUCAGAUUCAGACGAUGACUAUGAACCAUCGUCAUCAGAGGACCAAUUCUCAGAUGACGAUUAUGAACCAUCAGACGACGGUUCAGAUUAUGAACCAACAACAACAAAAACAACAACCAAAAAGGGUGCAUCGGCUGCACCAAAGAAACCAGCAGCUGCAAGUAAAAAGAAAGAAGCUGCCAAACCAAAGGCAGCGUCAUCAAAGAAGGCAGCAGCUACAAAGAAAUCAACAACAAAGAAAUCUGGAUCAUCAGACAUUGAUGAUGAUGAUGAUAUCAAACCAAAGAAACCAUCUGCACCAAGAAAGAAAAAGGCUGCCGUUACAUCAGUAGACUCUGAUAUUGACCUAGACUCUGCCUCUGACUCUGAAGUAGAAGAACAACCAAAGAAAAAGAUUGUUUCGUCGUCUGGCAAGGAAAAGACAGUUGAAGAGAUUUACCAAAAGAAGGAUUUACUUGACCAGAUUCUGUUGCGUCCCGAUACCUACAUUGGCUCAAUCGAAAAGCAAGAAGAAGAAUUGUGGAUCUGGGAAAACGACAGAAUGAAAAAGAGAAAGACUGUCUUUGUGCCAGGUCUCUACAAGAUCUUUGAUGAAAUCCUUGUCAAUGCUGCCGACAAUCUUCAACGCAAGGAUGGACAACCCAUGAAGUCUAUCAAGGUGGAAAUCAAUGCCAACGACAACCGUAUCUCUGUUUGGAACGAUGGUAAAGGUGUCCCAGUUGAAAUGCACAAAGGUGAGAAAAUGCAAGUUCCCGAACUUGUCUUUGGUCAUCUUUUAACAAGUAGUAAUUAUGAUGAUUCUGAAGAACGUCUUGCUGGUGGACGUAAUGGAUUUGGAGCCAAAUUAACAAAUGCAUUUAGUCAAAAGUUUUUGGUUGAAUGUGCCGAUUCUGCAAGAAAGAAAUUGUUUAAACAAACGUUUACAAAGAAUAUGAAGCAGAGAGAUGAGCCAGUGAUAGAGUCGUACACCAAGGCAACUGAUUACACCAAGAUUACAUUUCACCCUGAUUUGGCACGUUUUGGUAUGACCCGUUUGGACGAUGACGACAAUCUCGAGUUGUUGACCAAACGUGUCUAUGAUAUUGCCGGUUGCAACCAAUCGCUCAAGGUAUACCUCAACGGCAAGUUGAUUGGAUUCAACUCGUUUACCGACUAUAUCGACACUUAUUUCAAAGACGAUGAGAAUGCCCCUGUCGUCGUCUAUGAACGUGUCAAUCCUCGUUGGGAGAUUGCCGUCGCCUGUUCGGAUGGCACCCCACAACAAGUUAGUUUUGUCAAUAGUAUCUGUACCAACAAGGGUGGUACUCACGUCACCUACGCACUCACCAAGAUCACCGAAGCCAUUAUCGCUCAAGUUGCCAAAAAGAACAAGGGUGGUAUCGAAAUGAAACCAUCGUUUGUUAAAAACCAUCUCUUUAUCUUUGUCAAUUGUCUCAUUGUCAAUCCCGCAUUCGACUCUCAAACAAAAGAAACUUGUUCAAGUAAAGUUUCAACUUAUGGUUCAACUUGUAUUCCUUCUGAUAAAUUCCUUAAAUCUGUAUGUGAAACAAAGACAGGAAUUGUUGAUCAAAUUAUUUCAUGGGCAAAACAUAAAGAGACGGUUGAUCUUAAAAAAACCACACCAAAGGCAACUAAAAAGGGUAGAUUGAAUAUUGAAAAGUUGGAUGAAGCCAAUUUUGCUGGUACCAAGAAAUCAGAAGACUGUACACUCAUUUUAACAGAAGGUGACUCUGCCAAGACAUUGGCAACGGCUGGUAUUUCAGUGGUUGGUUGGGAUCACUAUGGUGUAUUCCCACUUCGUGGUAAAGUCAUCAAUGUUCGUGAAGUCUCUCAUAGAUCCAUCUUGGCCAAUGAAGAAAUUAGAAAUAUCUUUGAAAUUAUGGGUUUCCAACAUAAUGUAAAUUAUGAUAAUAUUUCAACUCUUCGUUAUGGUCAUUUAAUGAUUAUGACUGAUCAGGAUCAUGAUGGAUCACAUAUUAAAGGAUUAAUAUUAAAUUUUAUACAUCAUUUUUGGCCAUCGUUAUUAAAGAUUGAUGGAUUUUUGAUGGAGUUUAUUACACCUAUUAUCAAGGCAUUCAAGGGUAAAAACAAACCAAUAUCGUUUUAUACGAUUCCAGAGUAUCUCAAAUGGAAGGAAACAAAUGGAGGCAAGGGGUACGAGAUCAAGUACUACAAGGGGUUGGGUACAAGCAAGGCCGAAGAGGGCAAGGAAUACUUUGCCGACAUUGAAAGACACAAACUUGACUUUCAAUGGGACGACAAUGCCGACGAUUCAAUCGACAUGGCAUUCAACAAAAAGAGAGCCGACGAUAGAAAGAAAUGGCUCAAUGACUUUGAGCCAGGCACCUAUCUCGACCAAUACGGCGCCAAAAAGAUCAAGAUUUCAGAGUUUAUCAACAAGGAGUUGAUUCUCUUUUCCAUUGCCGAUUGUGAGAGAUCGAUUCCAUCGAUUGUCGACGGUCUCAAGAUUUCGCAGCGAAAGAUCCUCUACUCUUGCUUUAAGAGAAAUCUUAAAAAGGAGUUGAGAGUGGCACAGUUGAUUGGAUACGUGUCGGAACAUUCAGCAUACCAUCACGGUGAAGCCAGUUUGGCAUCAACCAUCAUCAACAUGGCACAAGAUUAUGUGGGAUCCAAUAACAUCAACACACUCUAUCCAAGUGGAUCUUUUGGUAGUCGUUUGCAAGGUGGUAAGGAUUCAUCUCAACCACGUUACAUUCACACUUGUCUGCGUGAUAUUACACGUACACUGUUCCACCAAGACGAUGAUAAUCUGCUCACCUAUGUCAAUGACGACGGCAAAAAGGUACAACCCAAGUGGUAUAUGCCUACCAUUCCAUUUGUUCUCGUCAAUGGGUCGUCUGGUAUCGGUACAGGUUACUCGUCUAGUAUUCCCAACUACAACCCACGUGAUCUCAUCCAAUGCAUGAGAGAUCUUCUAGAUGAAAAGGAAAUGACUGAUAUCAAACCAUGGUAUCGUGGAUUCAGAGGUUCCAUCGAACCAAAGUCACAUCAAACCUACCUUUGCAAGGGUGCUUGGAAGAAACUCUCUGAAUACGAGUUGGAAGUAACCGAACUGCCCAUUGGAACUUGGACACAAUCAUUCAAAGAAUUACUCGAGUUAUUGGUUGAUCCCGACUUGAAAGUAAAGAGAAAGGUUGAAAAGGAACAACGUACUGCCAUGAAAGCUUCUGAAAAGGGUAAAAAAAUCAUCACCAAAGGAAAGAAACCUGCUUCUGCCGCCUCCAAAAAGAAAAAGAAAUCAAAUGAUAGUGAUGAUGAUGAUGAUGUCAAUGUUGGUUUAAUUCCUGUUGUAAAGAAAUUCCAAAAUUAUUCAACAGAAGCAGUUAUACAUUUUGUAAUUACAACUGUUAAACCAGUUGAUGAAAUUGAUGUUGAAAAGGUAUUUAAAUUGACAACCAAUUUGAAUGAAACCAAUAUGACAUUGUUUGACGAACAUGGAGUAUUGAGAAAGUAUGAUACCACUUCAUCGAUUAUCAAAAUAUUCUUUACUCUUCGUUUGCAACACUAUCAAAUGCGAAAGGAUUACUUGAUCAGCAAGCUGACUGAAGAAUUCUCACGUUUGAGCAAUCGUGCCCGUUUCAUCCAGGCAGUCAUCACCAAGGAACUGGUGAUUGCCAACGUCAAAAAGAUCGACUUGAUCAAGAAACUCAAGGACAUGAAGUUUGACAAGUUUACCAAGAACGCCACCAAGGCGGCCAAGGGCAAGCUCGACUCGAAAAAGUCAAAGACCGAGCAAGAAGAGGAGUUGUUGGGCGAGGAGAGUGACGACGAGGGUGGUGCCAACAAGUCUGACGCCGAGGAAGAGGAACAAGACGACGACACCAAGGGUUACGACUAUCUCUUGUCGAUGCCAUUGUGGAGUUUGACAAUGGAACGUGCCAAAAAGAUAUUAGAAGAACGUGAUCAAAAGAAAGGAGAGUUGGACAAGAUGGUCGGCACACCCAUCAACAAGAUCUACAAGAACGAUCUCAAGACACUCGAGGAAGAAUUGGACAUUCAAGAUGAAGACGAUCGAUUGUUGCUUAAAAAGGGUGAAGCUUUGCAAAAGGUUAGUAAAGGUAAGAAACCAUUGCCAAAGGCUAGAAGAAGAAGAUCGUCAAAGGAUUCAGACUCUGAUUCCGAUGGUGAAGGAGGUAGCAAGAAAAAGAGUACUUGGAAACCACCUCCAAGACCUUCAUCUAAAAAGGCGGCUCCUGUAAAGAGAAAGAAAAAAGAUGAACCUUCUACAGCAGCAACUACUACUACAGCAACAUCAAACAAGAUUGAUAAUUAUUUCACAAAGGUUACUCCAUCAACCUCCACAACCUCUACUACCACAACCAAACCAUCACCACCACAAUCAAAGAUGGCAAUUGAUUUGGAUUCUUCUGAUGAAUCAGAUGAUGAAUCUGAUGAUGUAUUUUCAGUUGAUAGUAGUGUAUCAGCUCCAUCCAAAAAGAAGGCAAAGACUGCCGCUGCUCCAAAGAAACCAGCCGCAGCCAAAACAACUAAAAAGGCAGCUGCUAAAAAGAAAAAGGAUGAAUCGUCAGACGAAGAGAUGACCUUUGACGAAUCAGAUGAAGAAGAAGAAGAUAUCUUGGACGAUGAUUGGACUCCAGUCAAGAAACCAGCUGCUACCACUUCUCGUACCAGAGCCACUUUACCAAAGGUUUUCGUUUCUGAUGAUAGUGAUGAUGCAUUGGAUUCUCAAGGUAGUGAUUAA